CUACAUAAUGUACACUUUUAUGAAAGGUUCCUGCUGCAGUUAUUCACGAAAUUUAAAGGACAAACCCAACCAAGAAAAUCUGUCUCAUAAAAAAGCGCACAGUCUAAAACAAUGUUUUUUCAACGUCAACCAACGAGCAAAUGUAAAUUAGACUCAGAAAAAAAUAUGUUGCAGCUGCUAAAGUGCUUCAUGUUACAUUCUAAAGUAAAAAACUAAAAAGAACUACAAAGCCACCAACCUAAAAAGUUCCAUGUCUCCUUGUGUAAUGCUUUUUCUGGGAACGAGAAAAUUGAAAAUUAAGCUGCAAUACUAAACCACGAACGUAUGGACGCACCCACAAAACUAUGCAUUAGAUAUCUGCAACAUCCUAAAGAAUCUCACCUGUUAUAGUUCGGUGGGAAUGUUUUGUUUUCAUUUUACGUGGCAUUUGCUUAAAAAUAUUAUUUCUCUUAAUUUAUGCGUAUGCAAUUUAUGGCAACAGUUUGCACCAGUUUACCCGAAUUUAUGUUUCUAAUUUUGAGCGAACCAAGACUUCGAUGGCAAGAAAAAGAAAAUGUUAUUAUGAGUGGUUUAAUCUGAUGGCCCUAACAUGGAUUAUUUUUUCAGACAUAUGUUUAAACGCUCUCUGUUUGAAGGACUUGAAAAUAUUUGUACCGGAAGCUGUCAUAAUGGGAAAUGCUGCAACUUUAUCAUGUCAAUAUGACUUGGAGCAGGCAGCUUUGUACUCAGUACGUUGGUACUUCGAGACGGAAGAGUUUUACAGAUAUGUCCCAAAAGAAUUACCGCCAACUUUGGUAUUUCCUGUUUCCGGAAUAAAUGUUGAUUUAGCGAAUUCCGACUCAGCUUCAGUGACUUUGAGGAGUGUAACGCGAGAACUAUCUGGUCAAUAUCAAUGUGAAGUAUCUGAGGAUGCACCUCUUUUCCAUACAGAUAUAAGAUCUGCAAAUAUGCAUGUGGUUGAAUUACCAAAAGAAGACCCAGUCAUGCAUGUGGAUAAGAGCGUAAUUAAUGCAAAUGACAAUUUUAAGGCUAUAUGUACUGUGGGACCUUCUCAUCCGACAGCAAAUAUAACGUGGUAUAUCAAUGGACGAAAGGUUUAUAAGACACCUUUUCAACGAAUAACCCAAGAAUCAUAUGAAGGUUCAGCUACAUACUCUUCCCUGGAAAUUUAUCCACACAGCCAGAUUCUACAGGGUUUAUUUCAAGUCGUACCAAAGUAUCAGACGAGUAUUUUACUUCUGUGUGAGGUGUCAAUAUUACAUGUAUUUCACAAGAACGUCCAACAACGAAUUUUGCUCAGCAUGUCGUCUCAUACAACAAAAUCUCCAAGUUAUUUAGGUUUGGAAGGCACAAAACAAAAUGGCGACCCUGAUAACUCAGCCUAUACUGGUAAUAAUGGUCGAAACAACCAUAGCUCAUGCUCAUAUUUAAUUAUAUGUGUUGGAAUAAUUAAACUGCUCAAUUACGUACAGAAAAUUACUUCGAGAAAUACGUCCUUUUAUCUGUGACAAUUUAUUUUAUAAUUUUAUUGAAAUAAAUAAAACUAUAAUAACAUAGAUAAGUUAUAGUAAAUAUACAAAAAUUUGUUACAAACAAAAACACAGAUAUUUUUUUAUGUUCAAAUUAAAUAUUAAAAUCAAAAUGAUAAAAGCAAGUAAAAUAAAACUGCAGUAAGCACUUAAAUAUCGCAAAUAAGUUGCUUUCGGAAAAAGUCGGCAGUAAAAGUAUUUAAAACGUAAGAUUGUAUUUUACUGUUUUGUGAGUAAAAUUUAAUCUUAAGGAAAAGUUAUUAAUAUUAUAGUCUCAUUUAUAAAAGUAUUAUGCUUUAUUGCGACUUGUUUCCAAUAGGCAAUGCCUAGAAUAUAAGUGGUUUGCAUACAGCUUUAUAAUUUUCAACUUUUUCAUUUUUAAAUUUGACAAUAAAUUAAUUGUACUUAAAGCUCUUUUUAUUAACUAUGUAUUUAGCUUAAGCUUAUUGAAAAAAAAAAUAUUGGCAGUUAAUUGUUUAUGAUCCAAUAUGAGUAUCGAGCACAUAUUUUGUGUUAGGUUUCUUUUAUAAAAUAAUGAAAUUUUAUUAAAAAAAAACUAUUGUACUGUACUAUAAAACAUAAAUUAUUUUUUUUAAGAAUCAACAUUGUUAAAUUCAAUUUCACUUUCUUCAGUAAAUAUAACGGAUUCAUUAACCACCUUUCAAAUGUUUUAAAACAAAAAGGAAUACAAAACUUUGAUACAAUAGCAGGUUAAAAAAGUAAAUUCAAAUAAUCGUAUCUCAGAAUUUUUUGUUACUGAACCUAUGCAACUUUGAUAGAUUUUAUAAUUGAUAAUAGUUUUGGGAUCACAAUCCUUGAGAAAAAGGAACAAGUGUGAAUGUUUUACACAUAGAUUUUAAAAUUUUCAAAUUAAAUGCAUAUUUUUUUUCGAAAAUUUAAAGUUCUUUCGUUAAGAGAACAAGUCAAUUGAAUUGGUCUUGCAAAAAUUUUGUUUCCAACCGAAAACCGAAAAUUUAUGAUAACAGCAGAGUUUUGUACUUAAAAAAAUAAAAAAAAGAAGCAAAAUCAUAGUCAAAAUAAAGUAACUUUAAAUAAAUAUUGUAGUUGUACUUAAAGAAAACAUGCAAGCAUACAGGUAAUUUCGUCUUUUUACAAUGUAACUUAAGUUAUUUGUACCUAUAAAAAUUAAAAAAAAAAAAAAAAAAAAAAAAAAAAAAAAAACAAAAACAAACCUACCUAUUUUAAUGGCAUUUAUAUUAUUAUAUUUUCGUCAAAUUAUUUAAAAAUCUUACAAUUAUUUUGUGCCAAAUGUAAUCGAAGAAAAAACUUAUUUGUGCUAAACAUUAGAAAUAACUUGUAGAGGAUAAGAACUACAAAAGAACUCGAAGUAUAUGUGUAAUUAAUUUGCGUAAAUAAACGUAGAAGGGUGCAAAUUUUAAUUGUUAGUUGUGAUUAUUUAAGUAGAGGUAAAAAAAAAAAAAACAAAUAUAAAAAAUAAA